UGACUUUGCAUACCACAAAGAGGCACCGUAUGCACUCGCCGGCGAGCGAAAUAGACUCAACUGUUUCGUAGGCUAGUGACCAUAAGGACGUGAGGGGUUUUUCGUUGCAAACAUCACACUAAACUUGUGCUUGUGUAGAACACUGUUCAUGUUUGGCUUCCGCGCGGUUGAGAAUUGUAGCAUGCUCGCGCCCUAACCCACUCUGCCCCUCUCGGAACUGUAAGUGGGAGGGGUAUUGGUGAAGACAAUAAUAUGAAGAAAAGAGGAAAGAGGAAAAGAGAAAAAGAGAUAAAGAGAUAAAGAGAACUACGGUACUCGGAAUUCCCAUGUAGUCCCCUACCAUGGUACUAACCAAGCGGCACCCCACUUAACCUCGCAGAUCGAACGGGAUACGGUGCUUUCAGAGCCCUAUGACCGUAGAUGCGCUAAUCUGCGGCGCAAGCACUCAAAAGCAAAUAGACUAAAUGCGUCACAGUUGCACACUCUAUCUCGCCCACACCAACCCUGUCGAAAGCGUGUUAAACACUGGCGAAAUAUUGCUGACGCUCGCUGCAACCAAUCAGCGUUCAUGGUUGAUGGAGCGUGCCCGGGCUCUCUAUAUAUAUAUAGUCUUGUUUGUCUUCCUUCGGCCCCGAACAUCUCCUUCGAUGCAGCACGAGAGUGACAAUAUCAAGUAUGGCAUGAGCUAUCGUGAAACCGCCAAGGCGAUAACUACAUUCGCUAUACACACGAUACUACGUGUGCGCCAAGUAUACCCUCCAGAUCUGUUUGUUCGAAGACGCAAAUAUGAUGCACCUGUGUACCAGUCACGUCAUCCGGCUCUGAACGAGUACAUCGCUGGAGCAGUUAAGGCCAUUGGUGAAGAAAUACUCCUAGGCGUGGUGGACAGAAUUGUAAUCGUGAUCAAGGAUAAGCAGGAAAGGCCUCUCGAGCGUCUCAUCUUUUCGGUGCACAAUGUUAUCUAUGUGGACAACACGGACGUUGAUAGGCCUGUGGUGAACGCUCUCAACUCGGACUCUCUGAACCUUUACUUCCGCUCGUUCCUCAUCAAAUUGGGCAUGCUCGAGUCCCAACUUGGCCCUCUAGAUCACCAUGGAGAAAUUACCUUUGCUAUCGUGAUCGAGUGCAAACCAGGAACAAUACCAACCAGUAGCACGGAUAAUGAGCCGGUCCCUUGGAUGCCAGCACUCAAGCAACAAGUAUCAAAAGGCAUGUCGCCCGAAUCAGAACUGAUCCCCAUGCGAGCUGUCGAAACUGGCGUCAUCAAUCUCUCCCUGGCAGUUCAGGAAUCAGGCGAAAAGCUUAGGCACAAUCUGCUGCAGCAACGUAGUCAAGGGAGCGAACACAGCACAGAAGCGGAUGAUGACUCGUUCUACUUCAAAGAGAAGAAGGAUGGUCGAGACAUUUGACCAUUCCUCGACCUUACCCUCAGACGUCAUGCCUGACCCAUCCUCAAAUUAAAUAGGACGUUCAUUACUUUG